AUGAAUUACAUUAAAUAUAAGUUUGCAAAAGGGCAACAAUGUUAAUCAAAAUUAACUAUGACCAUCACCAAAUGGUCCAAGGAUACUUAAUUGAAGUCCUUCCAUCCACAACUUUCCUUCAACUGAAACAGAAUAUUGAAACUGUACUUGGUGCCAAAGUGGCUAGGCAAACUCUUUUGAUGAAUAGUUUGGAGUUACGGGAUGAUCAUAAUGUUGAGUUUUAUGAUCUGGUUGAAGAAUCAGACAUCACUCUUCGAUACAAGCAGUUACCUCCAGGACAGAAACUCCACCUUACUGUUAUAACACCAACAAAAUGGCGCUACCGCUUGCAGGUGGAAGAGACCAUUACUGUUUCCAGCUUGAAGGAAGAAAUUCAGAAGCUUUCGAACAUUCGGGCAGAAGAUAUGGCACUUUUUUACCAUAACAAUGAAAUGGAAGUAGAUGAUUUUGAUCUGUUGGCUUAUUUUGUUUCUGAUGGUUCAACUAUCACAAUCAAACUCACACCAUGAUAUGUUCAUCACUUUUUCUAUUUCUGUUGGCUGUGUAAAACAUAUUUCCAAAUUCCAAUUUUCUGGUUUCAGUGUUACAUUUGUUAUUGGUUUGAUAUGGUGAACAGAUUGCAUA